AUGGACGCAGAAGAUCUAUUUCCGCUAAUUGAGCGGCUGGAUGACAAUGUCGAUGAUCUUGAAGAGAUUUUCAAACCUUUCUUGGAUCUUCCGCUCACUGCUACAGCCAGCAAAUUACCUGUAUUAGACAAAGCCAAACUUCAUGUCUUAACAACAUACGCCCUGGAAUCACUUAUUUUUUCUUACCUACGUCUCCAAGGCGUAAAUGCGAAGGAGCAUCCGGUUUUCAGGGAACUGACUAGAGUAAGGCAGUACUUUGAGAAGAUCAAGGCUCUGGAAACAGAACCAGAAAAGCGGUCAUUGAUGCUCGACAAAGCGGCAGCUGGCCGUUUCAUCAAGCAUGGUCUUGCAGGAAAUGAUAAAAUCGAUUUAGAGCGCGCGGAACAAGAAGCAAAAGAGAAGGCCGUUGCGCAACUUAGAGCGGCAAUGUUGGCUAAGAGAGGCGCAGGAUCCGAAACCCAAUCUACUGGACCGGAAGACCAUGACCGCGGGUCAAGUUCUGAUGCAAAGUCAGGUGCCAGUUCAGACAAUGAUAAUGUCUCCAGCGAUGGCAGGAAUAUCUCUACUGGGUUACAAAAGGAUAUGCAGAUGCAAAAACCAACAAAGACAAAAUCCGAGAAACAGGGUGAAGACCCAAAGAUUUCCCGACGAGAGAUAAUAUAUGGCAAGCAACGACGGAAAGAAGUAAGGAAAGAGAGACGAGAGAGGAAAAAGGAAACGCGGAAAGCAAGAAAGGGAAACGAGCGAAGCCAUGGAGAGUCGUGA